UCAAUGGGCAAAAAACAGCAUCAAAGUGAUAAAUUGUAUUUGACAACAAAAGAAUGGAGAGAUGUAUAUGGGGGUCACAAAGAUGAUACUGCUACAAAGAUUCAAAGAGCACAAUUUAAACGUCUUCCUUUCACCCAUUGUGCUCUUUCUUUUCUUCCUUUUGAAGACCCUGUCUGCACUCCUGAUGGAAUUAUUUACGAUUUAAGUCAUAUUACUCCUUAUAUUAAAAAACAUGGAUUAUGUCCUGUUUCUGGCAAAAAAUUGUCAAAUAAGGACUUGACUGUACUCACUUUUGCUAAAGACAAGGAUGGAAGUUUUCGUUGUCCAGUUACCUAUAAAAUCUUUACUCAAACAAGUAUUAUUGCCGCAAUUCGCACAACAGGAAAUGUUUACUCUAUGGAAGCAAUUGAUGAGCUUAAUUUGAAAAGGAAUCAUUUAAAAGAUUUAUUAACUGAUAAGACAUUUCAACGAAAAGAUAUUAUAAUCCUUCAAGACCCCCAAAAUUUGGAUAAAUUUAAUAUCGAACAUUUUUAUCAUGUUCAGUUUGACACAAAAACAAAGGAAACCCUUUUAGAAGAAAAAUUAGCUAUGCAAAGUCCAAAAUAUUUUUUAAAUUCUUUAAAUAAUGAAGCGAAAGAAGCACUUUCGCAAUUGGAAAAACAAUAUGUUCAAAAGACUGAAGAAAAACCAAAAGAAUUAAUUGCUGAUUCUAUAAAUGCUGCACAUUUUUCGCAAGGAAAAGUAGCUGCUGGAUUGACUUCAACGACAAUGGAGCCUGUAACAAAUAAUAAAGCAGCUAUUUUGGAUGAAGAUGAUGUUAAAUAUUCUCGGGUGACUCGUAAUGGUUAUGUUCGUAUUGUAACAAAUUUUGGACCUUUAAAUUUGGAGCUAUUUUGUAAACACGCUCCACGCGCGUGUGAAAACUUCAUUGUUCACUGUAGAAAUGGAUAUUAUAAUAAUACAAUAUUUCAUAGAAUUGUUUCUGGAUUUGUGCUUCAAGGUGGUGAUCCUACUGGCACUGGAACUGGUGGUGAAUCUAUUUGGGAUAGGCCAUUCAAAGAUGAAUUUCAAGGCACUUACAAACAUGACCAAAGGGGUAUUCUCAGCAUGGCUAAUCGAGGAACUGAUACUAACCGUUCACAAUUUUUCAUAACAUUUGCUGCCUGUCCAAAUUUAGAUGGAAAACAUACAGUUUUUGGACGUUUAGUUGGCGGGGCAACAACAUUAUGUGCUAUAGAAAAUGUCGAAACUGAUAAAGAAGAUCGACCGCUAGAAGAUGUAAAAAUUAUGGCUGCUGAAGUUUUUGUUGAUCCAUUUGAAGCGGCGGCUGAGGCAGUCAAGAUGGAAAGAAAAGCUUUGGCUAUUAAAGCAAAUUCUACCUCAUCAGAAGAAGAAACUAAUCGAAAUAAACAACAACAGACAGAAAUUCAAAAACCAAAAUCAUACUCUUCAGGUGUAGGGAAAUACAUUAAACCAGAAAUUAGAAUUGCAGUUAGGAGAGCAGCGAAUGAAGAUACAUCAACGAUAGAAAUAAAGAAAAAAGUACCACCGAUUUUAUAA